UUGCAGCCACACCAAGCGUUUACUGUUCUGAGUCCAGUUUUUAUGCCCACAUAGUAACGUUAUACUCCCUUUAAACCAAGUGUGCUAAUGACAUCUUUGUAAGAUUGUAUACUGAAGAGAGCGCGGAAGCACGAGAUCCAUGGGCGGUCCUUUUCUAACCAUACCAUAUAUUCUCUGCAAUUUGCUUUUCUAGCUAGGCUUUUGUGAUCUUGACAAUAGCUUGAGAUACACUUAGAAAUACGACUUUAUUAAAGUCAGAACUGGGAUAAUGGCAUUUUAUCAACAACAGCCGUUUUACAACCCGAGAAUCCCAUUCACUGGUUUGAUCCAAGGAGGCCUGCAGGACGGAAAGAGUAUUAUCAUCAGUGGACAGGUUUUACCAGGGGCUAACAGAUUUCAUGUGAACCUUCAGUGUGGCUCCCAGUCCACAGGAGAUGUUGCUCUGCAUUUUAACCCACGCUACGAGAGUGGCUCUAGCUAUGUAGUGCACAACACCUAUCACAAUGGUUGUUGGGGCUCAGAAGAACGCAAGUAUGAAACUCCUUUCCCCUCAGGCCAACCAUUCACCCUCCAGAUCUUUGUCACCAUGGAUGCAUACAAGAUAAGCACAAAUGGGAGACACUUCAUGGACUUCAGACACCGUAUUCCAUUCACCCGAGUGGACACUGUAUUCGUGGAUGGAAUGGUGGAACUGAAUUCUAUUGCUUUCCAGAAUCCUGUGUCCUACUUACCUCCACAACCAGGUUAUCCAGGUUAUGUGCCAGUCCAACCAGGAUAUCAGCCUCAGUAUGCUGCACCUCCAGGAUGUGGGUUCCCUUCUUACCCGGCUCCACCUGCCUAUACUAUCCCGUACAAAAGCGUCAUCAACGGUGGACUGCACCCUGGCAAAAACAUUGUCAUCCAUGGAGUGGUCAACCCUAAUGCUAAAAGAAUAACAUUUAACCUGCGCCACAGAACUGGGAUUGCAUUACACUACAAUCCCCGUUUCGAUGAGAAUGUGGUUGUGCGCAACACCCAUCAGAUGGAGAAGUGGGAAACGGAGGAACGGUUUGGAGGCAUGCCGUUUAAAAGAGGGCAAACUUUUCAGGUCACCAUCUCUUGCAAUCCCCAUCAUUACAAUGUGUUUGUCAAUGGCCAACAAGCACACACUUACAAUCAUCGUUACAAAAAACUGGACGAUAUUGAUAUUUUGGAGGUUUGCGGAGAUCUACAGUUGACUUUAGUGCAGGCCUAACAAGGAUUCAGGUCUGAUAAGCCAUUUAGGUCAUAAAGUGCUCUUAAAAAUGCAAUUCACUCAAAGAAAAACAAGAAAAAGCAUUUUUAAUUAAGGAGUUUCACUGUGAAACACAUGAAAACGGUCAACUAAAAUCAUGCAAAGCACUAUGAUUUUGGCGUAUUGGGUGUGUAGCCUCUUUGAUGAAAAGACAUACAUAGCAUGCUUUAGUUUAUAUGUGCCAAUAUGUUUUUAUAAAGUUCCUUACUGCCUAUGUGCUUUAUUGACAUUGUACUUACAUUAAACUCAAGGUAGCAGCAGAGAUCAACUCAGUAUUCCCACACUCUAAAAAAUGCUGGGUUAAAAAUAACCAUUGCUGGGUUAUUUGGUAACCCAGUGCUGGGUAAAUAUUCCAAGUGCACUUUGUGUCACCCAAGGAACCCAAACGCUGGGUCAGUAUGAGCCAUUACCGAGAAUAUAACCCAGCAAAAUAGGUUAAAAUACUUAACCCAGCGAAUGGGUAGAAAAAAUAACCCAGCAUUUUUUAGAGUGCAUGAGAGCAUCACUGUGGCAUAUAUUACUGUGAACUUUAAUAUCUAUAUAUAAAAACAAUAAAGUUAUUUGCAAAUAAGUA